AUGGCAACCAACCCCCCACAGCUCUUCCUCCUCGCCGACCACAUCAAGCUCUCCCUGCUCGAGCGCCAACGCGCCCUCUCCCUCAACCUCCCCUCCAACAGCCAAGAUGGCCAGAUCUCGCGCUCGCUGGAGCAAUUGCGCUCCGGCAUCGAGUCGCUGGAGUCGCAAGUCCAAGACACGUCGGACGAAUCAAUAACAUCACAACUCCCCCGUCUACGCACCCAACUCGCAGAACUAACAUCGCAAUUCACACCCACCACCAAAUCCAGCACCUCCAACACACCAACAUCACCGACCCUAACCUCCCCCAACAACCCCUCCCUAACCUCCGACUUCGCCGCCGCCCAAUCCAAAAAACCCGCUCCCACGCGCCAAACCUCAAAAUCCGUCCGCUUCUCAGACAACACCUCCGAUGAAUCCGACGACCCCAAUCGCUCCUCCCUAUUCCCCUACCGCGACGACCCGUCAGAUUCCACGCCCGACCAAACUUCUUUGGAUAACGAGCAAAUCCACCAAUACCACAGCCGCGUCAUCGCCGACCAAGACAGCCAACUCGAUUCGCUCGGCGCCUCAAUCGGGCGGCAGCGCGAACUCAGCAUGCAGAUAGGGGAUGAGCUGGACGGGCAGGUCAUGUUGCUGGAUGAUGUAGAGGAAGGGGUGGAUCGGCAUGCGGCGCAGUUUGUGAGGGCGAGGGGAAGGUUGGAUCGGUUUAGUAGAAAGGCACGGGAGAAUUGGAGUUUGACUGUUAUUGUGGUGUUGAUUAUUAUUUUGGUGUUGUUGAUUGUUAUUACGAAAUGA